AUGUCGACCUUCAAGGGAAUAGUGUCCGAGUUUCCGGACAUACGAAUCGACUUCUUCCGGCCGACGCCCGGCCAAAGGCCCCCGUUGGCAUGCUUCCUCAGCCACGUCCACAGCGAUCACCUAGCAGGCCUGGACACGCUUUUGUCACCCUUUGUAUAUUGCUCUGCAGCCACGCGAGAAAUAUUGCUGCAGCUGGUGAAAUAUCCAUGUCGGAUCAACUUCGCCCAAGGUAUCAUUGAGAGGUGGAAGCAGACCUACAGAAAGCAGCAGUCCAUUCUCAAGCCUCUCCCUCUUGACACGCCAACAUGCUUGGAGCUGCGGCCUGGCUACCAGAUUCAGGUGACCUUAUUGGAUGCCAAUCACUGCCCUGGCGCUGUCAUGUUCUUGAUCGAGGGUGAUGGCAGCGCGAUCCUAUAUACCGGCGAUAUUCGAAGCGAGCCUUGGUUCGUGAAUAGCCUGUCCCGCAACCCCAAUGUAGUUGAAUACACACAUGGCCUCAAGACUCUCGAUAAAGUAUACCUCGACACGAGCUUUACCAAGAAUAUACCAUUCCAGACCAAGGCAGAGGGCAUCGCGGAGUUACUGGGUAAAGUAGCACAGUAUCCCGAGGAUACCGUCUUCCACUUUCAAGCGUGGACAUAUGGAUACGAAGAUGUCUGGAUCGCUCUGUCCAAGGCACUGAAGUCUCAGAUCCAUGUCGACGACUACAAGUUGAAAGUAUACAAUUCUCUGCGAGCAAACGAACUCUCUGAGUAUUCCAACCCGAUUUGCCCCGAGGCUCCGGCUCUUGUAGGCUUCAAGUGCGCCAACAAGGCCCAUGGCGGCUGUUUGACAUCUUCGAGCUCGAGCAAUGUGCGCUUGCACAGCUGCGAGAAGGGCAACAUGUGUGAGGCAGCAAAGGGGCCAAAUGUUGUACGUAUUGUACCCAUGGUUGCGAACCUGAGCGAUGGGACAGGCCUCGUGGAGAUCGGCGUCGGGGGUGGAGGGGAUGACCUUGUCAAGGAGACUGAAAUUGCGCAGGGAGACUGGCCAACGUUUCUCAAAAGUCUGUACGAAAGCGCAAAUAUCCCAGAAGAUGCCAGACAGGGUAUUGGCAAGCUCAUACAGCAACUCGCGAUCCAUGGACAUACGCUGCUACUUGACCUCAUCACGGCUUUUGACGAAGGCAAGAAUACGGCAGAGAUGGGGAAAGUGUGCCAGGCAAUUCUGGAGAGAUCCAAGGAUAUGUCUGAGAAAACCAUUGUCGCGGACGACCUAAGCACACCUGCCACAAAACUGCCAAAGACCAUCACAUUCCCCUACUCGCGGCAUUCUUCGUACCCAGAGCUCUGUGAUCUCUUGCAUAUAUUCAAGCCGAAAGAUGUUUGGCCAUGUACCGUGGAUGAGGAUCAAUGGUUGAAAGAAGGUGCAUGCCUCGGUGUUCCUCGGUACUUCACAAUUAGCUAA